AUGCUCAUAGUAAGCGUUAUUGCCGUUCUCAUCUUCAGUGUUGGAGUGAGUGGUGACCAAGAAAUGGAUAAAAUCCUGCAGAGUUUCAUCGUUGACGUGAUUACCUCUCUAUAUGCAAGCUCAAGUUUCACAGUAUUUCAUUGUGCAAAACCAGACGACAUCACUGAAUUUUCUAGAUUCAUGUCAAGGCAUUAUCAGUUGCAUGAGGUCGCCACUAUCUCUGAAGCCUACAAAUUCCGCUUUAUUGAAUCUCCAUUGUCUCAUCAGAACUUCUACGUCGUUGACCUGGGCUGCGCGGGAGUUCAUGAACUACUCAUUCAAGCGAACAAUACCGGAAGUUUCGUCGGUCCAACGAAGUGGUUAAUUCUCCAAGAUUUACAAACAGAUUCGAAUGCCACCGCCAAUGAAAAUUUUCAUUCAGGUGCAACCGAUCAAGCCGAAUUGAGAAGCGUAUUCGAAGAUUUUCAUGUCUUUCCAGACAGCGAAGUCAUCGUAGGCCAAAAAAUAAGCGAUAAUUCUAUAAAAAUCUUAUCAGUUUAUCGCCCUAGUCCCGUUCGCAGUCUCAUCAUCGAAGACAGGGGCACGUGGAAUAGUAUUGAUGGUAUUCAGCUCCGGGAUCAUGACGUCUCGUCGAGAAGAAGAACGGAUCUUCAGCAAACCCCGUUGAAGGCGUGUUCUGUGGUGACGCAUCCGGAUACAAUGAAUCAUUUGGAAGACCUAAAGGACAAGCAAGUCGACGUAAUCACAAAAGUUGGAUAUGCCUUCUCGAAGCUGCUGGCGGCCCGGAUCAAUGCAACAGUCACUUUCACUUUCGCUGCAAGUUGGGGCUACAAGGAGAAGAAUGGAAGCUGGAGCGGAAUGAUAGGAGAAAUUGAUCGCAAUGAAGUUGAUUUUGGUGCUACUGCGACAUUUAUAAUCGCAUCGCGAAUAGACGCUGUUGACUUCAUUCAACUAUACACACCGAAUAGAAUACGAUUCGUCUUUCGACGUCCUCCGCUGUCCCACGUCAGCAACCUUUUCACUCUGCCAUUCACUGAGAGUGUUUGGAUCGGAAUUUCCGUUCUUAGUUGCAUCGGCUUCGUGGUAUUGUAUUUGAGCAUGGCUUGGGAAUGGAGAAUAGUGAAGGAUCUGUCGCACGAUGAAAAAUUGACGGGAGAUCUGGAGAUAAAGCCUGCUUUUGGCGACAACUUCUUGAUCCUGAUUGGAGCUGUCACCCAACAAGGAUCAGCAUAUGAACCGCGGAGUGUUCCAGCGCGGAUAGUCAUAUUCAUGCUUCUGGUUUUUUGUCUGAGUCUGUACGCAGCUUAUGCUGCGAAUAUUGUAGCGCUUCUUCAGUCCACAUCGGAUUCCAUAAAGAAUGUUGAAGAUCUGAUGAACAGCCCUUUGAAACUCGGCAUCCAAGAUAUAGUUUAUAAUCGUCAUUAUUUUGGGUCCUUCGAAGAUCCUUUAAGGAAAGAGUUCUACGAGCGCCGCAUCAAGAAACAGAAAGACAUUUGGCUUUCUCUGACAGAGGGUAUCGGUAGAAUGAGAAAUGAAUUGUUCGCUUUUCACACGGAGCUUACUUCAGGAUAUGAUGUUGUUCAAAGCACCUACGAGGAAGACGAGAAAUGCGGCUUCGAGGAAAUUGAUUAUCUGUAUGUCUCUGAUCCGGCGUUCGCUAUUAAGCGUAGGUCACCGUAUCGAGAGAUCUUCAGAGUGGGGGGUAUCUGGCUACAGGAAACGGGUAUAAAAGAACGUUACAUCAGGAUUAUGUACAAUAAGAAGCCCCCGUGCAACAAUCAAAAGAAAUUUGUCGGUGUUGGUACCAUCGAAUGUUAUGCUGCUUAUCUUACUAUUGGUUAUGGAAUGCUCCUCACGUUUGGGAUCCUGUUAUUCGAAAUAAUCUGGUCAAAAAGGUGAGAAAUCGCCCUCAUUAUCAUUCAUAACAAUUGCAAAAAUUGAAUUUGAUCAAUUUGGCGCAGUAGCUUCAAUCCUAUCGUAGCUGAUAACACACAAGUCAACACCCAAGAACCAGAACUCAAUGAACAUACCUCUU